UGUUGCCAUCGGACGUGACUUGUUUUUGUUCAAUAUUUUGUAUAGAUAGAGCGGGUCAGCGGAAUACACUCGCUAUAAAAUAAACAAAAAACUAUUUAUAGGCUGCAAAUCUUAAGUAUAUUUUCUUGAUCGAACUGCAGCAGGAGCAAAGGCCCGGAUCCAACAUAAUGGACUGCAAAUCGCGACGCGGCACCAAAAUAUCGGUGAUCGCCUUGGGCAGCGCCCUGUGUUUCGUUAUGAUGGCAUACUUUGUGUUCGGUGAUAGCAACGAUGAGCAGGGCUUGCGGAAUCUACGCAUGAUAUCCAUACUGUUUAGACAUGGAGCCAAGAAUCCCUCUGGCCUCUACCCAUUGGAUCCCCAUGCAGCACACGACUGGCAGGGAGGCUUGGGAGCUCUAACACCGAAAGGCACUCUCCAAGCUUAUAAUCUGGGAAGGAAUCUGCGCAUGCGCUACUACCGUCUCCUGCCCUCGAACAGCCUCUACACGCAACAGCAGGUCCAUGUGCUCAGCUCAGCUGCUGAGCGCUGUGUGAUGAGCGCCCAAAGCGUCUUGGCUGGCAUGAUGCCGCCGCUGGAGAAUAACAAUGUGUUGCCAAUACCCUGGCAGCCGGUGGCAGUGAAUACGUUGGCGCGUAAUGAUGAUAUCUUACUGGCCCAAAAAAAACCCUGCCUGAAGUAUGAUCACAUCUUACAGAAGCUCUACAAGUCACCGCCGGCGGAACUCCAGAAACUAAACGAGGAGAAUUUGGAAUUGUAUAAACUACUGACCAAAAAUACAGGCAAGAACAUUUCCAAUGUCCUGGAUGUGGAACUGUUGUAUGGCACUCUGAAAACCGAAGAGGAGGCUGGUCUGGUUUUGCCCGAUUGGACGGAGAAUAUAUAUCCCGAGGAGAUUAGACCCUUGGCCGAGCGGAGUUAUACCCUUUUCACUGAAACCAAUCUGAUGAAGAGGAUCAAGGGUGGCGCCUUCCUUACCGAAAUACUCUUGAAAAUGCAAAAUAAGCGGAAGAGGAACCUAAAUCCCGAUCGAAAGAUAUUUCUGUAUUCCGGACAUGAUGUUACCAUGGUUAAUGUGAUGAACGCAUUGGGAAUACUUGAUCAGACUACAAAUCUACCUGAAUAUGCCUCGGCUUUGGCCUUUGAGCUGCAUCACAGCAAGUCAUUCGCCGAUACUGAUUUUGAAGUGAAGCUCGUUUAUUACUAUAACAGUGAGGAUAAGUUCCCCAAGGAGCUGACCAUUCCCAAUUGCGAUGCACCUUGCUCGCUUACCCAGUUCGAGGCCUCAGUCAAGUCCUUGCUUCUGGAUAAUUAUGAUGAGACCUGUGAGAAUCAUCCGACUGAUUGCAAAAACUGAAAUUUCUUCCAUUGUUGAACCUUGGUGAUUGUUAUAACUCGGUUUAUCUAAGGUGUCUCUUAAUCUCUGGUCAAUACAAAGCAAUUGUUAGGUUUUAAAUAAGGGAAAGUAGCUGGACAUAUAUCUUAAGGAUUGAACAGAAGUGAAGGAUAAAUAUUUAUUACUUAAUACCCAAAACCUAGGGCUUAAGCAAUAAACCUUAAAAAGACAUAAGUGGAUAAAAAGUUGGCCAAAAAAAUAAAUCUUAGAGGCUUCUCCUCUAUUGAUUUAUAUUCCUUCUUAAGCAAUUGUUCUUGAAUCUCCAGAAACUAAACUUCAAAAGACCCCGAAAUAUGUUAAGUUGUUGCCCUCAAUAAUUGUUAAACUUUAAUAAAUAUGUACAUACAUAAAUGA